UGAAAGCGACUUCGGAAUUAUCGCGCUACAGGGCGAUAAGUCUGACGACUGAUUAGUUAACAAGCGGCGAUCGUCGAGGUGAAAGUUCACGCAGCUCCACUCCAAGAUGUCAGCAAAGGCAGUCAAGUCCAGCAAACCAGGCGCCUCCAAGGAGCCAUCGGCGGUCACUAAGUUGUACCUGUUUGCGUACAACGCCGGUCAGGUGGUCGGAUGGAGCUAUAUCCUGUGGCAGCUGGUCAACUACUACCUACUGCAGGGUCCGGAGUUCCGUGCAAAGGUCACGUUGUGGGAGUACACACGGCUGGCCGUGAUCAUCUUCCAGAACGCCGCAUUCGUAGAGAUCCUCAAUGCUUCAUUUGGCUUGGUAAAAUCGAACCCAGUGGUCACUGGCUUCCAGGUGUUCAGCCGCAUGAUGGUGGUCGUCGGUGUGGUGAUGGCCACGCCUACUGGAAAGGUUUCACCCGGUCUGCCCAUCGCCCUGCUGGCCUGGGCCAUCACUGAGAUCAUCCGGUAUGGUUACUACGCCCUCAACAUCGUCAAGGUGGUGCCUCAUUUCGUGGUGUUCCUGCGGUACACUACCUUCAUUGCCCUGUAUCCCAUCGGCGUGACCGGCGAGCUGCUGUGCUUCUGGUGGGCCCAGAGCUAUGCCCGUGAGAACAGCGUGUGGAGUGUGGUGAUGCCCAACAAGUGGAACGCCACCUUCUCAUACUUUGGAUUCCUGUGGAUCGUCAUGCUGGGCUACAUCCCCAUCUUCCCGCAACUGUACCUGCACAUGUUCGCCCAGCGCCGCAAGAUCCUGGGCGGAGGAGCCAACGCUGCACCCCAGAAGAAGGCCAACUGAACCUUGACCAGCGACGAAUGCAAAUUAUUGCAUCAUUUGCAUAUCUUUGGUCGACGCACUUUGGAGCUGUUUUCGCUUUUUGGGGUCUCUCUUGCCUCACCUCUUACACAAGCACAUUCGUUCGGACUAAGCUUAGUUAUAAGUGGUUUUGUGUACAAAUAAACCUAGAUACUCUUCCAACUAA